AAAAACAACAAUCAAAACAAUUCAAGUUUCACACAAUUGAGAGCAUUUGUUUUGAAAUGAGAAAUUUGCAAAUUUAGUAAGCAGGAGCCAUAGAAAAAUGAAAGCACUAAUACAACGAGUAAUGAAUGCCAAAGUUAUAGUAAAUGGUGAAGUCAUUAGUAACAUAGAACAAGGUCUAUGCAUACUUAUCGGCAUAUCCAAAUAUGAUACUGUCAAAGAUAUGGAAUAUAUAGUGAGGAAGAUUCUAAGUAUCAAGUUAUUUGAUGACGAGUCCUCUAAGAGAUGGAAGAAAACAGUAGUUGAUAAACAAUUUGAAAUAUUAUGUGUCAGUCAAUUCACAUUAUAUAAUACUUGGAAAGGUAACAAACCAGACUUCCACAAUGCAAUGCCUGGUGACCAAUCUAAAGAAUUUUACGAGAAAUUUCUGCAGAUGUUAAAAGACGCAUAUGUGUCUGAUAAAAUAAAAGAUGGUUUAUUUGGAGCCUACAUGCAAGUUUGCAUACAGAACGACGGACCCGUGACUUUUGAAAUUGAAUCCCUUGACAAGGACCCAAGCAAGAGUAAUAAAAAAACAACAAGCUUAGAAGCAGGAGAAAGUAUAGACCCUUAAAUCUUUGACCCAAAUUUUAUUCUAUGUGAAUGUUAAUAUAAGAACAAAUCAUUAAUAUU